AUGAAGUCCACCGCCAGAUGCUCAAAACCGACGAUGCCACGUCCAAGAACGUCUUCUGGGUCAUCGUUGACGCCUAGCCGAGAGCUGCUCAGAGAUUCCAUACGACACCAAGUGUCUUCGGAACCCUACGUCUACAUGUCGAGAGAGAAGACGUGGCAAGAGGCGACGCGUUUGGCUGCCAGUUUGGCUAAGACCAUCGCAAUAAACGUCAUCCACUUCCUGGAAUCGCAUCGCCAACAAAUAUGCGCAGGGAUAAGCGCCAAGACCGCCGGUCUCCGUCAGACUGCAUGA